AUGCUGCAAGAUGAAGCACCGAAAUGGCACACCGAUGUGUUUCAGAUACCCAAGGGCAGCAUCUAUAUCACAACGGCCUUCACACGCAGCCUGGAGCCGGAGCAGAUAAUGUUAACGAUCAAUGAGCCAAUUGGCAGGGGUACAUUUGGCCUGGUUUACAAGGCGCAUGUGAACAAAUUGGAUAGUGUUGUUGCCAUCAAACAGGUGGCCAACAAUUCGAAUCAUUCUGGAAACGAGUUAAAGAUUAUGAAUAACAUGUUGGAUCAUUGUAAUAUUGUGCGUCUAAUGAUGCACUGCUUCACUGGAGUGUGCGAACCGCGACAACGCUAUAUGCUCUUGAUCAUGGAGUAUAUGCCGAUGUCGCUACUCAAGUAUAUCUCCCAGUACGAUGAGCACCAAAUUCCCUUCAUCUAUGUCCGUGUGCUCUCCUAUCAAAUGUUUCGCGGUUUAGCCCAUCUGCACUCGCAGUGCAUUUGCCAUCGUGAUGUUAAGCCCGACAAUAUGCUACUCGAUCCGACGACAAUGAAUCUGAAGCUGAGCGACUUUGGCAGCGCCAAGUUGAUGAAAAAAAAUGAGUUGAGUAGCACGUACAUUUGUUCCCGGCUCUAUCGCGCACCGGAACUAUUUGCCAAAAUCGAGACAUAUGACACCAGUAUGGAUAUCUGGAGUGCUGGCUGUGUCCUGGCCGAGCUGAUCAAGGGCACACCGCUCUUCAGGAACGAGUAUGACCAGCUGUUGCACAUGAUGACCAUGCUGGGCACCGUUGGCUUGGUGAACUGCCCCGAAUUGCUAGCCAAAGUUAGUUGGGCAGAGAAUCUACCAAUCAUUGCACGACCCAGCUCGCAGACAUUGAUUGGGAAGACGAUACCACAUGAUUUGGCGGCCCUACUUAAUCAGUGCCUCGUGUUUAAUCCAACGGCACGCAUUGCACCCCUGAAGGCCUGUGCUCAUCCCAGCUACGAUGAACUGCGCCUCAUGGAUACCCUAAGGACACCGAUGCCCAGUGGGGCACAACUGCCGCCAUUGUUUAACUUCAGCAAGCAUGAACUUCAGGUAGAUCCGGAUUUGUGGAUGCAUUUAUUGCCGUUGCAGCUCUCCGAGCUUUAG